AUGAAUCGUUCAUCUGCGACAGUUAGUUCUUCUACGAUCUCUGUGGUUGAAAGCGAAAUCGAUCCUGUCCCUGAAGUGCAACGACUCACUCUUUCUCCUAUAACAUCGCGUGAACCUCGUGUACAGUGGGCAGCAGAUACGGUAGACAACGAACUGCUAGGGAGGAACAAAUCAAAAUGUUGUUGCAUAUUCAAAAAGCAAAAAAAGUGGUCUGAUGAUUCUAGCAAUGAUAGCGGUGAUUCUGACUGUGAAACAAAAUAUUGUCGUGGCCAUGUUGAAUCACACUUCUCUCCAUCAAGUGAUAAUCAACAAAGUCCAGGUUCCACAUGUACAUCUUGA